ACUCACAGACCUGGAAGUUUUGAGGGGAACAAAAGGCUGGAAAUGAACCCUUUCACCGACAAAUAAUUCAACAUCCUGCAUAGAAACUUGAUUUCAUUUUAUCAAGUAGACAUAAAAUCCUUGAGCCAGGUCCAGCUGUUUGCACUUGUGUGCCACAACACAUUCUCUGCAGACUGCAAGUGUAUUUGACGUGUUUUGGGUAAGUUUCCAUCAAUUACCCCACAGACUCUGACGGAAAAUACUCUUGUGUCUGCCUUAACCGGGCCAAUAAAUUGCGAUUCACAUCGCAUGUAAUAGGCUGCAGUCAACGACUCAUUUUUUCCUACGACUUCAGUCACCGAGGGAGAGUCGCAGCCCUCCACAGACUGUUUCUUCGCUGGGGUUUCUUUGCAAGUCAGUCUGGAGAUGCUGCAGGGGGCUGUGCUUUGCUUGUCCUGCUCCCUCCUGCUGGGGGUCUGUUUCCCAGCAGAGGGUGCAGGGGCAGCUGGGCCUCUUCCAACUGUCUCCCUGACGAGUCCUCUGGGGAACCAGAUCUUGAUGAUUUGGAGUGGGGCUCUGGAUCAUCUCUUCUGCACCUACUCCACAGCUUCCCUGCUGAUAGCCCCUUCAUAACAGAGACCCCAGGAAAACCAGUGAACUGCAGCCAGCGCUUCUUAUUACCACCAUCCUCUGCAAUCUGCUGGGAGAACAUCGUCGGGCCAAAGGAGUUUGCCAAGUCACGUCUGCUUGUUCUGCAGAACAGGGCCGCUCUGCAGGCUGUGGCCACCACCAGCGGGAUGGAGGAGGGAGGGAUCUCCUACGAACACCAAGCCAGAGAGGAGGUCCAGGGGAUCAACUCGGACCACCUGAGUGCUGUAGAAACCAUGCAGACCAUGGAUAAGGUGUUUGUCUCUCUGCAGGAGACCAGGAAGGAGGGGAAGGAGCAGGGGGUCCUUACAAGCAUGAAGGAGCAUCUUGCCAACACAAGGGACGCCAUACAUGGAAGAGAGCACACAGCAAACAUCCUGGAGAAUCACUUUUCUACUUUAGAGAACACUCUGCUUAACAUGCAGUUUCGACUGAACAAGCUCAUCCAACACUGACAUGGAUUGGUUGCCUCUAUUUAUGUGUUCAUGUAUUGUUUAACAAUGUAGCAAAUGCAUGCAUCCCCAGGAUAAUUUUAGA